GGUUCUGCCGAGUUUGUAAUUGCCCGCAAUCGAGACGACUCGCUGGCGCAUGCGCGCGCUCUUGACAUCUGCAUCCAAUAUGGCGUGCGUAGCGAGACUGUCGCGGCGAGUGUCGUCGUUUUCCCGGCAUUUUUCCGGUGUCACACGUUCUUACAACUCGUGGAAUGGUAAUAGUGAGGUGAAAAGAUGGGGACGCAACACCGGAUUGCUCGCAGCGGUGUCUGUCGCGCUCUUUGUCGGCUACAAAUACCUGCCACCCGAUACGGUUUACGCCAAGCCUCGAAAGAAGGAGGACGAGACGCAGAGGGCAGUAAAACUGACGAUGAGGGAACGAAGAUUUAUAAAAUUUGCAUCGGUGGAGUACGGCGGCCAGCUGUACAUGACGCCUCAGGACUUUCUCGACAGCGUUGUCGAAUCUGAACCUAGACCGAGGCUGAAGAGACGCGUGUUAACAGACAAGGAGCUGGAGGUGAUGAGGAACAGCAUCCCCUUGCUGCGCCAUGGAAGUCCGCACAUGUUCAGGAACCUUCGAGACAAAGGGAUUAUUUCUUACACGGAGUAUCUCUUUCUUCUGUCUAUUCUAAUCAAGCCUAAAUCAGGUUUCCGGAUCGCGUUCAACAUGUUCGACACGGACGGCAACGAGCGUGUGGAUAAAACUGAAUUUCUUGUGAUUCGACGAUUGCUCGGCGGCAACCUGGAGCAUCGAGAUCUCGACGAUGAAACGAAACGUGCAUUGAAACAUAUCAUGCCAGUGAAUGAGGAGCUCAUUCAUAAACCGAAACUUCGCGACGACCAGCAGAGCAGUGAGAAAAGACAAAUUGUCUCUAAUUCAUACAUGGAAAAAGUUUUCAGCCACGCUUGGAGGGGCCGGCACGGUACCGAAACGAAAGAGAAAUUGGACCUUCUGACGGAGAGGCAGACAACACCAGAAGCGAUUCAAGUUCAAUAUAUUGACGACGAGCAGGGGUUGCAGCGACGACACGCCGUCGACACCACCCUGAUGAUACACUUCUUUGGGAAAGACGGGACCAACGAGCUGAAGUACGAAGACUUCAAGUGCUUCAUGGAGAAUCUGCAGCAGGAAGUUCUGGAGCUCGAGUUCCACGAAUUCAGCAAAGGUCGCGACACUAUCUCCGAGUUGGAUUUCGCGAAGAUCCUGCUGCGAUACACCCAUCUCGAUACGGACGAAUACGACAAAUAUUUGGACAGAAUGUUGGUAAAUACACAGCUUCAAAUCGGCAUUACGUUCGAAGAGUUUCGUCGUUUUUAUCAGUUCCUGAACAACCUCGACGACUUCUCCAUCGCUAUGCGAAUGUACACCCUAGCGGAUCAACCAAUAUCGAAAGAUGAAUUCCAACGUGCCGUGAAAAUUUGUACCGGAAGCGUGCUCAGCAAUCACAUUAUUGAUACUGUCUUCGCGCUUUUCGACGAGGAUGGCGAUGGCCAGUUGUCCUACAAGGAAUUUAUAGCGAUAAUGAAGGACCGACUGCGCAGAGGUUUCAAGUCUCAACAACGUCUCAAGCAUUUGCAAGCAUUUACUUCCUGCGUAAAGCAGGAGAUGAAAUCGCGUUAAACAGGACAGAGCGUGAUCCCAUAAGCGAGCACAUCAGUUAUGAAGCAGGAGCAUCGACAUUUCUUGAAAUCCCACUCAUUGUGAUAAUCAUUUGCCGCAACGCUUGAAACUCUCUACCUCUAUUUAGCGUUUGUUUGUCUCUUGCAUGUAUUUAAAUAACCAAAAAUGAACUAGUCCCAAAAUAUAUAUAAAUAAAACUACCAAAUCAUUAACUCCAAUCUGCGUGAAAUGUUUGUUAUCUUUGAAUUAAAGAUUCUUCGACGCGAGAUCUCGUGUACAAUAAUACUUUAUCGCCACGAUUGUAAUUUCAAUUUUAAUUUUAAUAUAAUUACAAUUGUAAUGUAAUGAUAAUUUUGACUUUAACGUAAUUAUAAUUUUAAUUUUAUGUUUUUGGUAACCGAACUUGUUCUUUUUUCCUCCUUCAUAUAUGUCAAUGAACUCGUAAUUUGGAAGGUAUGAAA